AUGGAGAGGUUUGAAGAAAGUAAUGCAAGUAAAGAUAAUCUAUUAGAACCAACAAGUUUAUAUGAUUCUACUACAGAUGAGGAGGAUGUAAAAGCUACAAUCAAACCUCGUUUAUCUCCACUUCCUAGAAGACGUAGCUCUGUGUCUUCAGAUGAUGGAGACCUGGAGCCACCACCUACAGUAGCAAGGAAAGUGUCCUUUGCAGAUGCUUUUGGAUUCGAUCUGGUAUCAGUUAAAGAGUUUGACACAUGGGAAAUUCCAAUUGUAACACCAAGCUUUGCAAUGGAAAGCAUUAAAAUUGAGGAAUUUUAUUUAACACCAAGCUUUAUCUUGCCUCCAGUUGGUGGAAUUAUGGAAAAGGUGCAUGCAAAAAAAGUGACACUGGAAUCGGUGGAUUUCAUCCCAGGUGUAUCAUCCAUGAAGGGGAUUAUUCGAGUUCUCAAUGUUUCUUUUGAAAAACAGGUCUACGUUAGAAUGUCACUGGAUGACUGGCACAGCCAUUAUGAUAUAUUGGCAGAAUAUUUACCGGACUCUUGUAAUGGAGAGACAGAUCAAUUCUUUUUUACAUUAUCGUUGGUCAGCCCAUAUCAAAAAGAGGGAGCAAAAGUGGUUUUCUGUAUAUGCUAUGAAACAGCAGUUGGUACCUUUUGGGAUAACAAUGAUGGACAAAAUUAUGUACUUACGUGUCAGAAGAAGGAACAAAUUGUAGAAGUUGAUAUGGUUCCAGAUGAGGAAAUAGACAAAAAUAAGAAAAGCUGUUUAAAGCCUUCACUAAGCAAAGAAGAUGAAGAAUCAGAUGUUUUUCAGGCAGAAAUUCCGGCAGCAACAGAGAAAUUUAUUCCGAGAAUAAUUUGUUCACAUGAUGACUUUUCUGAAAAUAACAAUAGUGAAGAAAAAGAAGAUACAAGUGAAGAAAAGAACAAUGAGGACGAAAGCGAUGUGCAAUUGUUUCUAAGCCAACGACUCAUGAAUGCCAGAAUCACUUCUGGGUUUUCUGAAAAAGCUAUUUUACCAAAUGAUCAACAAGUGGAUGAAAGAAAUGAAUAUCUGAAAAAUAUGUAUUCUGGCACAUCAGAUUCACAACAGCUGGAGGAAUGUGAUGAAAGUGGAGAAUAUCUUCCUUUCACUGAGGUUACCCCAUGUAAGGACACUAAGGACUUUAUCUAUUUGCUAAGCAGUGACCAUCAUUCUGGACAAUACCAAGAACUCACAAAGACACAGGAAUGUUUGGAUGGAAGUGAAGAAACAGAUUUAUAUGAACAUGACUCAGAAAUAAAUGAACUGGAAAAAAUCUCCCCAGUGAUCAUCGAUGAAGUAUCAUACAGGGAACCAAGUCUGCGGUCAUCAUCUAGAGAGCAAAGUGAGGACUUCCUAAGUGACAGCUGUCUUAAAAUAUCAGAAACUCCAUGUAUUGUACAAGCUGACACCAUGCAGUUAACAGACAUAGAGGAAGUUUUAGAUGAUAAUGCAAAUCCAAAUUUUAGCCACAGCAUAGUUACUUUGCCUUACUUUUCAACACAAGACACAAAGGGAAUAAAAGAUGAGCAAAGUGAGAAAAAUAAAAGUGAAACAAUUGAGAAUGACACACUCCCGCCAGUAACAACAGAACAUACAGAGCAAGAACAUCUCAUCUUAUUUUCACAGAAGGAUGACUUCCAGAAUCCUUUAUAUAACAGUGAAUCUUCCAGUAGCAAUGUCAUUGAAAAGGAAAAUACAGAACCAAAUGAAAAGGUUUGUAGCUUUACAUCUUCAGGUGAUACUUUCCUGUUUAGCGAGGGCAAAGCGAGAGACAUAAGAGAAGAUGAAACAGCCCAAAAUACAAAUCUUACUGCUUCCUUGAGCAAAGAUACAAAACAAGUAGAUGAUGAAACCAAUCUAUCAGGUGACAAACAAUACAUUACUACUAGGAAGGAUAAAGAAAUCCCAUAUUCUGACAUUACAACUGCUUCUUUGUCCAAAAAAUAUUAUCUCACAGACCCAGAUAGCCAAGGUGAUCAGGUACAUGAAAAUAUACAGGUCACUGAUGACAAGGAUGUGACAUCAGAAACAGGUGAUCACAGAGAUAAAGAUGUACGUGCAGUUUAUGAUUCAGAAAAAGAAUCAACAGUGCUUGACUUCUCUCCAUCAAUAGCUUGUACUGCAGCUCAAUAUGUCUCCCAGAGCACAUUGCAUGAAUGGAAUGCAAAGCUGGGAAGCCUUCCAAGUGAGCAGACACAAGCACACAAGGUUAUCAUUGCUAAGAUAACAGAAGAAAAAGGUCAAAGUCAAAGAGGAUCUCAAGAUAGACAGGGUAGUAAAGGCUCCUAUAUGGAUAUUGGGUAUAGUGAGAAUGAAAGCACGCAACAAGGAAUGGAUGAGAAGUCAGAACAAAAAGUUACAUCUGCCUCAGGGAGUAACAUAGAACUCAUAAAGGAGAACAUGUUGGAAACCAGUGAUAUUUCACAUAUAUCCACAGAAGAUGUACAUUAUUGGGGUGUGACAUAUAUUUCCAAAGGACAAAAUGAAUUAGAACAUUAUGAUGGCAGGUCAAAUGGUUUAGUUGGGCAAAGCGCAGUAGAAUAUGAUGUUCCAGGUACUCUCUUCACUAGUGGUAAUACAAAACUGGGGCAGAAUUUAAAUGGAAGAUCAGAGGAGGACGUGGCAGCUAAAAAGGAGACUGUUGAUUUCACAGAACCUUCACAACUGGUUAUUACAGAAGAUAAAGAAAAUGUGGAUAAUGUACAGGCUAAUAUGGAAAAGAGAUCUUUUCAAUCCAUUCUUAUCAGUGAACCCCAUGAUGAAGGGAAUGCUCAAAGGUCGGAAGCAGAACAUAGAGAGCUGGAGGAUACACAAUACUAUCCUCAUGAUGAUCAGACAACAAGUCUUGACCAGCAGACUGGCACAAUUGUCACAGAGCCCAUGAAUAUGGGUCACAUAAGCUCUAAGGUCUUGUGUUUUCUAAUGUUUGUGGUGUUUGCUGGCCUUAUGUAUCAUUUUGAUUUUCUGGUAUGUUUUGGCCUCUACCUUUUUUCAUUAUACUGGCUAUACUGGGAGGGUGGCAGAAAUAAAAAUCCUGUUAAAAAGGAGUAA